AUGUUUUGUGAUCAAAUGUGUACUUUCAAAACCGUCACGAGUCGAGAUGGCCAGUUUGUGGUUUCCAUGCUAACGUCAUAUUUGCUCUCAUUUUAUUUAGGGACCGAGAAGUCGCUGCUUACCACAGGAUCACCCUUCCAAGUAGAUUCGUGCAUUCAAGUGGACACCCUACUGAAGCAGAAGCAAGGGCCCCGAAUUUCGUUGUCGAUGGUAAAGUCCGACAAAGAGCUUGUUAUUCUUUCUGGUGUUGGUUCACUACAGUUGAUGAAAAACAUUGUAACGGAAUUCGAUAAUGUGAGAAAGCAGAUGACUUUGAAGGCUCGUUUUCUGUGUUCGGGUGACCUUGUUUUGAUGGUUAUGGUGAAGCUCUACCACAACGUCUCUAUUGGCUUCUUGGCUUUUUUGUUUGGUGUUCACAGAACAACUGCAUCCGAAAACCUGAAAACGGCAAUCUGUAUCCUGAGUCACGUGCUUGGUGCUGCCGUCUUCAUUCCAUCCGACGAGUCAAUCAAGGAAAACCUUACAGUGUAUUUUAGAAAAUUUCCUCACACUAAGAUCAUCCUUGACUGUACAGAGAUAGCCAUACAGAGGCCAGCUGACCUGACAUCACGAAUAAUCACUUACAGCCACUACAAAAAGACAUACACUGCAAAAGUGCUGAUUGGGUGUGCCCCAAGUGGCAUGAUAACCUUUGUAAGCAACGCUUAUGGAGGAAGAACUUCCGACUGCUUCAUCACAAAGGAAUCGAAAGUUCUCGAAAAGUGCUCCCCACUUGAGCAAGUCAUGGUGGACAAAGGGUUCUUAAUUGACAAGCUGUGCGAUGAUGCCAGAGUAGAACUCGUUCGACCACCUUUCCUGAGGAACAAACAACGAAUGUCGCGCACAGAUGCAGUGCUGAAUCAAGACAUAGCCCGCGCAAGGGUACACGUUGAACGUGCUAUUCAACGCUUGAAAGUGUUCAGAAUACUUCAGCAGCGCUUUCCAACGCACCUGAUGCCCCUCUUUGACGAUGUAAUGAAAUUGGUGGCAGGAAUUGUGAACCUUUCGCCUCCAAUUUUUGCCCAUGACAAGUUUUUGUAA